CAUAUCAGUUGAAGCGGCGUCCAUUUACAGUUUGGUCAACUAGUUCGGGGGACCUUACACAUGUGCUUGCACAGAUUAGGGUUUCACUAAUUGUGAUCGCAACAUGGCACUUUUAAUAACUGCGGGCAUAUGUAUCGGAUUAAUACAUUCAGCGUCUACACAAGGAUCAUACUACGGCUACAGUGAUAGUUACUAUCGCGGCCACUAUGAGGAAGCCGAGGAAGCCAUUAUGGUUGGCGCCAUAGGACUGUCGUUUAGCAUACUAUGUCUGAUCUGCAUUUUCGUUGGUCUGAUCUGCGUCUGUGCCAAGAAAUGUUGUCGCCAAACUGUGCAACCAGCUCCUGGUUUGGCAUUUGUUAACGCAGUACCUAGUUAUAUGCCGUAUGGACAGUCAUAUUUUCAUGGUCAACCAGUAAUGCAUAAUCAACCCGCUAUGCAUGGCCAACCACUUAUGCAUGGUCAACCAGUUAUGCACGGUCAACCAGAUAUGCAUGGUCAACCGCAACAGACGUUCAACCCAUCGGCACCAUCAAUAGCCAGUUAGGGAACAGAUCGGUUCAACUCGCGUCAAAACGUCACUACGCUCACUUAAGGAUUACCAAACAAUGUUUCUUGCUAGUUGAAUACAUAUUUUUUCGAUGUAAAAUACUGUUAGAACUGCCUUUUCUUCAAAUAAUUGUUUUGGCUUAUUUCGUUUAUUGCUCCUACGUUUCUGUUAUCUGUAUGCCAAUAAUUAAGGUUUUUUGUAUGUGCCAGUAUGUGGAAAAUUGCGCAAAUUUGGUCGAUUAUUUAUGACUGCUUGACCGUCUGUAUGGAACAUGACUAAACAUUUCAGAAGAAGUAUGUGUUAAUCCGUGCAAACCCCAACAAUUGUCUGCGUUUAUUUAUUUAUUUUGUAUCAAACUUUGUGCCAACAAGAAAAUGAAGUGUGACAAUAUGGAUAUGCAUUGUACUAGUUGUUUGGAUGAAGCACAUCAAGUUAGUUUACAUUACAUUGCAUAGCACAUCCUUUUAAAUACCUUAAUUGGCAAACAUGACAUUUAAAAGUAUAGAAACCAACAUUGUCAACGGUUAGGCAUUUUAAUGAUAUUCACUUCAAGAUAAUAUCAGUGAUAAUGCACGUCCUAUAUCAGUGAACACGCAAAACAACAAAAUGCUCCUUCAUUAAUUCUUGAUAUAAUUGUGUUUCAUUUAAACCAGAUACACGUGUCGUUGUCAAACCAUUUAUUGUCAGUUGAGCUCCCAAUUAAAGUUGGACAUAUGAACAACUUCUUCCCAGACAAAAAUAAAAUAAGUGAAAAACAUCACAAGAACGCUGUUAAUGGUAAAAUGCUAAUUAUAUAUGUGACGUUAUACAGGCGUAGUUUUGACACAGUCAGCUGUUAAUGCAUUUGUCCAAGGGGCAGAUAUUGGGCCAAGAAAUGACUGUUUGAAAUCACUUGUGUGACAUUACAAAAAAAGAAGCAACUGAUGCAACGCACCUCCAUAGGGCACCGUAAACGUGUUGUAGCAGAGACAUUCGUGGAUUUAAUAACAACGAUUACGUAAAAAUAUUCAUAUAAAAUGGAACGCUUAUAUUGGAUGUUAAGUCAUUAGUACACAUUUUGUUUUAAAAGCGGAUAUAUUUAACAAUCUUGAGAUUAUAAUAUCCAUCAAAAUGUUAUGUCGGUAGAAUUAAUAUUUUGGUUAAAUACAUGUAUAUGGAAAUAA